AUGGAGAAAUCAGUACAAAGAAAGAAUGCGGACAGUUGUAGUUGCAGAACAUGCUUAGUGCCACCAUGGGGAUUUUCAGACCUAGAAGAAGAAAAAUUGUAUUCGGCUUACACCCAACAACAGCGACACCGAGCCGUGCCGCGUCUGCUUGCCGCAGGUGUCCUUUUCCAAAGUUUUGCUAUUAUUGUCCCUGGAGAAAGAGAUUUAUAUUUUGCGUACGCGUCGGUAGCGAUAGCGCUGUUGGCCAACCUAUCUCUCGCUAUGCUAUACGCAUGUACACGACGUUCCCGCAACGCCCUCACUCAUAUAGUUUGGCUAGUACUGUGGGCACAGCUUCUGGUGAGCGCGUCCCGUAGACUCGGAGAUUCUUACAACGAGUUGCUGGGAUGGGCGGUCAUAUUACAAUAUUUCACACUCGCAACACUACCGUUCCAUUACCUGCUGUUGAUGUUUUAUAGUGCAUUAUCAUUGUCUGCGUAUCUCCUCGUGCAAUAUUACAACGCUUUAACUGCGGAAAGCAGACUCGCCGAUGAUUUUCAUUAUCAACAAGCUGCAAAUGCUUCGUUAUUAAUAGGAGCAACAAUGCUGGGUGGAACAGCGUACGCUAUUAGUGAGAGGCAACAGCGCUGCUCUUUACAGGAAACAAAAAGAAGUCUCCGUGACAAGCUCACUAUUGAACAACAAAGUAAAGAGCAGGAACGUUUAUUACUUUCAGUACUUCCAGAGCACGUAGCUGUACAAAUGCGGCAAGAUCUAGGUCUCAUUGACACGCAGUUCAAAAAAAUUUAUAUGUCGCGCCAUGAAAACGUUAGUAUCCUGUAUGCAGACAUCGUAGGCUUCACAGCAAUAUCAUCCACUUAUUCUGCGCAAGAUCUCGUUGCAAUAUUGAAUGAACUGUUCGCCCGUUUCGAUCGCCUUGCAGAGAAAUAUCAACAACUUCGUAUAAAAAUUUUGGGUGACUGUUACUACUGUAUCAGUGGUGCGCCUAUAGAGCGAUCCGACCAUGCAGUACUUUGUGUUCAUAUGGGAUUAUCCAUGGUAAAGGCAAUAAAGUAUGUGCAACAAACGACUAAUUCACCUGUGGACAUGCGAGUCGGUAUUCACACAGGAGCCGUGUUAGCCGGAGUUUUAGGUCAACGGCAGUGGCAGUUUGAUGUUUAUUCCCGAGACGUUGAGCUAGCUAAUAAAAUGGAGAGCAGUGGAAUGGCUGGACGAGUCCAUGUAUCUGAAGUAACACUAGGUUUUUUAAACAAUGAAUUCGAAGUAGAACCAGCACACGGAGAGCGCCGUGAGGAAAUGUUGAGGCAAGCCGGUAUAAAGACAUAUUUCAUUGUACGAGUUCUAAAACCAUACCAGGGAGACGAGAAGAGUGCGCUUGAAGGCGAGGUGGAGGGUGGCGAGACGGGCGACACGCUCUCGGAUCUCAGAGACGAGGACGAGGACUCGGUUUUGUCACCACAAGACGAGAAGAAGGAUAAUGAAGAAACUAAAAUACUUACUAUGUUGCAAGAGGAGCUCGUCAACAGAGAUGACGACAAGGAACUGGCUGACGCAACGACUCUCUGCCUAACAUUCAAAGGAUCAGAAGUUGAGGCUGCGUUUGCCAACCGCAGUGAUCCGUGCCCUCUAGCGUUGGCGGCGCCUCCUCUCAUGCUACUUCCAGCCGUAGUCGCCCUCGCCAGCUUCGCUGUCCCCCCCACCUGGGCUCUUCAUGCGGUGUACCUGGCGUUAGUGCUUGAGACAGGCCUAAUAAACAUCAUCUACUAUAUGCACUACAGAUACACGCAAUAUAAGAAAAGAUCAGUGAAUCCCAAUUGGAAAUUAACCUGUGGCACAUUCAACAUAGCGAUAUUUGUCGCCGCCAAUGUCGCCCCUUUGAUCAUUUGCGGCAGUUACGAAACGAUGAUUGAAGACGGAUUGUUGGAUACUUCACUGGGACAUCAAGGCGCGCGCCGCUGCUUGCAUCCUUCGUAUUACUAUCACGUGGGUGUAGGAGCGGCGUGUGGCGUGCUGUGGAUAUCGCCGAUGAGUGGGAGCGCGCGCGGGGCGCUGCUGGUGGCGCUGGCGCUGGCGCACGCGGUGCCGGCCGGCCUGCAUCCCGCCCUGCUCACAUCCAGACCCUCCCUCGACCGCGACCCUUACCUGCAACCAUACAACGCUACGGCUGACUACAACGAACAACUCUUCGCCAUACUGUCACAAAUCCACGGCGGCCGUCAUAUACUGAUGCUGUUUUUCGUCGUUAUGUCUAUAUUUAUAUUUAACAGAUACACGGAAUCUCUGGAGCGCGCGCGGCACUCCCGCGGAGAGCGCAUGCGCGCGCAAGCCGAGCAGGCGAGCGACCUGCGCCGCCGCAACCAGCAGCUCAUACACAACGUAUUGCCGCCGCACGUUGCCACGCACUUCAUGGGCGCCCGCCACCAUCACCGUGACCUCUACAGUCAGAGCUAUGCAGAGGUUGGCGUGUUAUUCGCGUCUAUGCCCAACUUCUCAGAAUUUUACUCGGAAGAAACAGUCAACAACCAAGGCUUAGAGUGCUUACGAUUUCUCAAUGAAGUGAUAUCGGAUUUUGAUUUGUUGCUGGAAGACUCCAAAUUCAGUAAAGAUAUAAUAAAGAUAAAGACCAUCAGCUCCACAUACAUGGCCGCUUCAGGGCUAAAUCCCACGCGACAGAUGCAGCCUUCAGACUGCGUGGUAGUGCGGUGGGCGCACCUGGCGUGUCUGGUGGAGUUUGCAUUGGAGCUGCAACGCGUACUGGCCGCCAUCAACGAGCAGUCGUUUAACCACUUCGUGCUGCGCAUGGGCGUCAACCACGGACCGAUUACAGCGGGCGUGAUCGGAGCACGCAAACCGCACUACGACAUAUGGGGAAACACUGUCAACGUCGCCUCGCGUAUGGAGAGCACCGGCAAGGCGGGAUGCAUACAGGUGACUGAAGAAACAUGCGAGAUUUUACAAAGUUUCGGCUACUAUUUUGAACAACGCGGCUUAGUGGCGGUCAAAGGCAAGGGCCAGUUGAUGACGUAUUACUUGCAGGGCAAGCGGGAAACUCCCGCCGGCCAUGCCAAGCCGACAGUAGAGGAAAUAGGGGUCGAAGCAAAUGCCGGUGAUGCGCUCCUUGUGAACGGCGACGCGACCGUCACGCCACAACCGCGCGUCGCGCACGCGCACCCCGACUCCGGCGCCGACCGACCCUUGUUACAGAAAUAGACUAACCGUGUCAUUCAUAACGGCCUUUCCAACAAACUGCAUCUGAUUAAAAAGCAAUAGAUACGGGCAUCAAAAUAAUAUAAUUUAUUUCGUAUUUUGUGUAUACCUCAAUAUUUUUAAGUACAUGAUUAAGACAUGUGUUGAUAAGGUUUCCGACCUUUUAUAUUUAUACUUACGUAUACAAAUUACAAUGUCGUAUUAUAGUCAUAGUUCAUCAUCCAAAAGUAACAACACUUUCUUUGACAUAGUGUUCAUACACUUAUUGGAAGGAUAUGCCAAUAUCAUCGAUUUAGUAAAUUAGUGUGGUCUAUAGUUACCGUGCUAUUUAUUAAUAGGCUUCAUUCACCAGAUAAAUUAGAAAAAAAAACUCUAAAAAGUAAAAAUCUAAAUUUGUUUUUUCCUUUAAUUUUGGAGUGAUGAAAAUAAUUAUUAUAAGGAGUCCGACACGGUAACACUUGGAUUAAAAUAUUACUAGGCAUUUAAAAUAAAGUUGAAGGACAAACACAAUUACCUUGUUUACGUUUUAGAGGUUAUUUGAGUCGGGGGCUACACUUUUAGUUUAAUUUUUAUUUUAAAGUUAUGGAAUCUUUUCUCCACUAUGCACUUCGAUCAUCAACCAUCUGAUCUAUUCGUAAGAAAAUAUUCUUAUGAGCCUAAACACGUCAUAUAUGCUGUAAAUUGCUAAUUAGUUGGGUAUCCUGCAGACUACUUGAUGCUGCAGCAUCGGGUUAAGCUUAACAUGCCUUAGAGAUACGUGGUAUCUUUGUGGUACUUCAGUGGUGAAGUAACAGGACAAAACAUUUCAAACCAAUCGGACAUGUGCGAGUUAGAAAUGGGGUGACGAUCUUCAAACAUCUGAAUAGAUUUUCAUAAAUUAUAGCUAAGAACCAUGUUGACCACAUCAGCUUUCAAACAGCAAAAUCGGUCCAUUCGUUUGGGAACUACGGUGCCGUACACAUACCUCCAGGCACAAAGAUACAUAUUUUAAAUUUAUAACACAUUUGUUUUCGUCGGGCGUGAAAUUAAAAACCUAUUAUUUGUAUGCAAAAAAUAUAUUCAAUGAAAGAGCAUAUUGAGGUAUAACAACCGCAUCGAGUGAAGAAUAACAUGAUUUGUUUUAUAAAACGUAGUGCCCGAAGACUACCUAUUUAAUUAAUCAAAUUAAUUAUUUAUUUUAUUUUUAAUUCGACGUAAAAUAAUAUAAAAUUAAUUUUACAAUACGCAGCCGUGUUUGCCAGGUGUUUAUCAUGUCAUUAAAUUGUCCACUCAUUUGAUCACAAUAAUCUUAAAAUAAAACUUGCUAAAACAAGUUUUAGUUGUCAAGUCUGUUCGAUAUUCCUCUAAUAAAUAUUAUUGUGGUACUCUCAUGAUACCUAUAUAAGUAUGUACUUAUGGUAUGUACCCUAGCAAUAUAUAUCGAUAGGUUUUUGAAUAAACGUAAUAGUAAGUAAUAUAUCGCUAUAAUUGAUAACAUAACAUUAUAUAAAUACAUUAUACGUGUAAUGAAAGAAUUCAUCCGGUAAAUACCAUUUGUAAUAGUUCUACGUGUAUGUAUUGCAUGAAUGUUACCUCGUUAGUACCCGAUGCUAAUGAGCUUCGGCGAUGACUAAUUCCAAUUGUUAAUACUUAUUUUUUAUUUCUAUAAAACUAUUAGUAAAUAUGUUCGGUGAAUUUUAGAAAUAUAGACAUCAUUAUGAAAUCGAAAUAGUUUCGUGUACGAAAUUCAUGGUGUAAUACACAUUAAAAUAUAAAUGCGUCAAUGUUACCGUCGCGGUAUUUUAAUUGCAUUAUUAAGUUAUGUUUAAUAAUGGGAAAGCGUGCGCCGUCUAAUGGGUUUUACGUAAUUGGACAAAUGUCACUCAAUAUAGCCUAGACAUAUACACUUGUAGGUGUGUAAAGCGAAUCUUUGUGGACUUCUCGAUGUAAUAAUAUGUAUUAAUGCAGAUGAAUGUACUUGAUAGAGAAUAAAAUCAUUUAUUCUUCGCCUUUUAUCUUUGUGAGAUAACGUAGCGAAUUUUAGUAUGUAAGGAGUUUAUAAAACACUUAUAUUUUGAUAUACUAAAUUAUAUUGUUUCCGUGCAGUUAUUUACAAUAUAGGUUCGCUAUAUGAUCACUUAGUUCGUAUUACUCGAUAGAUGUAUUGUUAAAGAUAAAUUACAUUGCUAUGCAAUAGUAAUCUUUAUAGUGUUAAACUUAAUUUAUAACUUCCGUUUUAUUGUAGUUGUAAACCAGGCACAUACAUUUUCUUUGUUUUUUCAUUAAGGCUUUAUGUUAAAUAUAUACUGUAUGUAACAAUUAUGCAGUUGGAAGCAAUAUUGUAGUGCAUGGAAUAAGAUUUCAGUUUGAUGAAGUCAUAUUAUUAUUGAAUUUCCUUUUAAUGAAUGAGUUAACUUAGUUCCUAAUCUGUAUGUUCUAUUAAUUCGUUUGCAAUACACGACUCUACGAUAAAACUACUUAUACACAUAUUAGUUUACCGAAGCGUUAUUUAAAGGCUGGACUAAAUUGCAACAAUGAUAGAUUUUUUACAUUUUAUUGUGACCAUAAUUCGUUUUCCUAGUAACGCAAAAUGGUAUUGGCUUUAGUACGGAUUAUUUCAUCGAACUAUAUUAUUAUAUUCACUGAAUAAAUUAAGAUUUAAGGUGAAAAUAAUUUUACAAACACGAUAUACUGCUUUAACGUUUUUAUUAUUAUUCAGGCCAGUGAUAUGUUAAGCAAUAAGCGGUCGAAUCAUAACAAUGAUGCACACAAUAUGUGCCUACACAAAAACAUGUUGUUCGUAUGCCAGUUUCACAGUUAUGUAAUGAUCUCGGUGCAGAUGUAUGAGAAUCUGCGAAUUAUAUUGCCCCUUCUUAUCUUUACUUAUUAACGUAGCAAUAUUGUGAUAUUGGUUGUUAGGUAUUAUUAAAUGAUUAGUAAGCUUAGUUAGUUGCUUAAUCUCAUCGUAUGUAUUGACCGUGCGCCGCAAUGAGGUGUUACCUCACUGUGUGAUCCACCCUGGCAGCGAGUCACUUUGCGUAUAGUACAAUAAUAAUUAAAUAUUGUGCUUCUGUGAGUCGCUUAGGUUUAUCUAUUUAGUUUAAGUAUUUGACGUGUCUUGUUGUAAUAGAGUAAAUGUAUGUGAUUUACGUAGCUAAUAUAGGGGCUAGAUGUCAUUGUUAGUGAAGAUAUUUCAUUAGUGUAUUAAAGAUCAACUAUUAGUUAAUAAAUUAUCAUAUAUUAGGACUUUCAGUGGUGAUAUUAUUACUAAUACAUACUUAGGUCUAUGUAGAAAGAUGAUUUUAUUUUUUUCUCUCUAGUGAUAUAUCUUCCUGUGAUUUGUGACUAUUAAUAAUUUUAUACCUACAUAUUCUAGCUCAAAAAUCUAAAGGUUGAACUUUACUUGGCUAUAAUUUUAUUAAAUAAAGCAAUAACU